AUGGCCGCCCAGGGAUGCGCGUUGUCUCUGUGCCUGUGGCUGUCCCUGCUGCUGCCGCUGCUGCUGGGGGCGAGAGCUGCCGCAGCGCGGUGGAGCGGGGAGGGCACCACUCCGCAUUUGCAAAGCAUCUUCCUGGGCCGCUGCGCGGAGUACACCACGCUGCUGAGCCUCCAGCCCGGGAACAAAAACUGCACAGCCAUCUGGGAAGCCUUCAAGGUGGUGCUAGACAAGGACCCCUGCUCUGUGCUUCCCUCAGACUAUGACCUCUUCAUUAACCUCUCCAGGCACGCCAUUCCGAGAGACAAGUCGCUGUUCUGGGAGAAUAGCCACCUACUCGUUACCAGCUUUGCAGAGAACACCCGUCGCCUCACGCCCCUGUGCUACGUUCUGUAUGGCAAGGUUGGAGAUUUUCUGAGUUGGUGUCGACAGGAAAAUGCCUCUGGACUUGAUUACCAGUCCUGUCCCACAUCAGAAGACUGUGAAAACAAUGCUGUGGACUCCUAUUGGAAAAGUGCAUCCAUGCAGUAUUCAAGAGACAGUUCUGGGGUGAUCAAUGUCAUGCUGAAUGGCUCAGAGCCCAAAGGAGCCUAUCCCGUGAAAGGGUUUUUUGCAGAUUUUGAAAUCCCAUACUUACAAAAGGAUAAAAUCACAAGAAUUGAGAUCUGGGUCAUGCAUGACGUCGGGGGACCCAAAGUGGAAUCCUGUGGCGAAGGCAGUGUGAAAAUCCUGGAAGACAGACUGGAGGCCCUGGGGUUCCAGCACAGUUGUAUCGAUGACUACCCACCGGUGAAGUUCUUAAUGUGUGUGGACCACACCACUCACCCGGACUGUGUCAUGAACUCAGCCUCAGCAUCUCUGCGGAGGGAGAGAACAUCUUUUUAUACGACAGGGGAUGCCAGCCUUGUCAUUUCUCUCUUAGUGGCUUUGGCUUCAACUUCUCAAAUGUAAUUUGAAAAUCGCCGUGCGGGUCUAACAGAAGCCAGCCUUGCAUCAGCCUUGACCAGUCCACCCUGUUCUGUGUAGACCAAGGGAGCCCCGUGUCUAAAGAUACUUUCUUCUAGGAAAACAAUGUAACCAGACAGUAAUCCUAUUAUACUUAUGCUUAUGAUUCAAGAAAUAAGACAUUUAGCCAGUCUUGCUUACCAGGCAGAAUU